AUGUCCCAGCUGAUAGUCACACCAGCAAGGGCGCUUGCAGAUGAACCAGUGCAUAUCCGCAUAACAGGCUUGCUUCCAUCUCAGAUGGUGAUUUUAAGGGCGACUCUGAAGGAUGAUAAGGGAAACCUGUUCCAGUCAUCAGCCUUCUACAAGGCUAAUAAGGCUGGUGAGGUGGACCUGGAACAGGACCCUGCAUUUGGAGGUGACUAUGUGGGGGUCCAUCCCAUGGGUCUCUUCUGGUCCCUGAAGCCUGAGAAGAUAUUCCGGAGGCUGAUGAAGCAGGAUGUGAUGAACAGCCCCUUUUUUGUCACUCUGGAUCUAUGUGACACUAUUUACUUCCCUUCUUUAACCACGGCUCAGCCCAUAGCCAGUCAGACUCUGCAACGAUGGUUCUCAGUCCCUGGGAUGCAACGGGUGGAGAUCCGGGAAGGUCGAAUAAGAGGAGCCCUUUUUCUCCCUCCAGGAGAAGGCCCAUUCCCUGGAGUCAUGGAUCUGUUUGGAGGCAUUGGGGGCCUGGUUGAAUUUCGGGCCAGUCUUCUGGCUUCCCAUGGCUUUGUAGUACUGGCAAUAGCAUAUUUUGCUUAUGAAGAUCUGCCCCAACAGCUGCUGGAGGUGGAUCUGGGCUAUUUUGAGGAAGCUGCCAACUUGCUACUGGCUCAUCCCAAGGUCCAAAAGCCAGGAAUCGGUGUGCUUUCUGUGAGUAAAGGAGCAGAGAUUGGGCUGGCCAUGGCCUGCUACCUGAAACAGGUGUUAGCCACUGUAUGCAUCAAUGGGCCCACUGCUGUCAGUGACAUUCCACUCAGGUACAAGGAUUUGGUUAUGAAACCCAUCAGCACAAGUAUAGAACGCAUCCAGAUUCAUGUCUCCGGGGCUAUGCGUGCCAUUGACUUUAUGGGAUUCCCGAAAGAUGGGGUGGAUACACACAGCAUCCUUCCCAUUGAAAAGGCUCAGGGUCAGAUCCUCUUUAUUGCCGGAGAGAACGAUGAAUGUGUCAAUAGCAGAGCAUUUGCCGAGAAGGCUGUGGACCAACUGCAGAGACAUGGGAAAAGCAAUGCAAGGAUGCUGAUGUAUCCUGCAGCCGGCCACCUCAUAGAGCCACCCUAUGCUCCCCUGUGCUAUGCUUCCUGGAGCCCUGGCUUUUCCUUGCCCUUACUCUGGGGUGGGGAACCUGUAGCUCACGCAGAAGCUCAAGAGCACUCCUGGAGAGAGAUCCAGAAAUUCUUCAGGCAACACCUCAUUCCCGCCAGAAGCAAACUCUGA